AUGAUUCAACAAGUCAGCAUGUCUUUAUCUCUUGCAGACUCUUUUGAAGAGGAAAUAGAAUCUCUACUUUUAGAGCAAGAGGAUCUUACCCCAGAAAGCUUAUUUGGGUUAGAAAUGGAGUUCUCAGACUCCACAGAGUCUUCACAAGAAUCUUCUUCAGAUUCAGAUGAUAGUGAAAUACCAAUCUUGAUGAUUGGUCUGCAUGAAGAAAGUCAGAAGAAUAUUCUGGAAGAUGUAAUACAAUAUCCUCUCUCUCCAACCCUAUUAUCUUCCUUCUUUGUUUCUUCUCCACCUCCUGAAACUUUUCAAUUUACUACAAAAUCUCCUCCAGUCCCAUAUAUUCCCAUACAGAUACUAUCCUCAAAAUACUCCAAGCCUGUACCAGUAAUAGCUUUCUUUGACACUGGAGCUCAGAGAAGCAUGAUGAACCCAAUGGUUCUCCCAUCAGAGUAUUGGAGGCCCCAUGAUCAGUUCUUUAGGGCAGCCAACGGUCAAACCUUCAAAACCACUCUGAUCACAAGACAGAAGAUCGGAAUUCAGUUCUUUCCUGAUUGCGUUGUAUGGACGCACAUCAUUGGUUCAGAUCUUCCAAACAAGGAUAUCCUGAUAGGAUUUGAUGUUUAUCACCAAGCUCAAAAGCUCCAAAUCCUUCCAACUAGUAUAAAGUUCAAGAGACAGUUUCGGUCAUACACUGAAACUUCAAAUCUGUUUUCUGUGACGGAUACUAUUCCUCCAUUCCUUCCAUACACAGAAAAAUUCCUUCAGUUCUGUCCGGAAUCUCAUUCACAUUUCCAACAUCCUCUUCCUCUGUGGAAAAAUCCACAAUUCUAUAUCAGCCUCCCCUUCAAACUUAAUGAAGACAUUAACCCUACUAAAGCCACACACAUGGAAAUGUCUCCCACAGACCUAGCCCUUGCCCGAUCAGAAUGCCUGACACUGUUACAGCAUGGUCUAAUUGAGCCCACUACUUCACAAUGGGCUUGCCAAGCCUUUUAUGCGGAGAAAAGGUCUGAAAGAAUCCGAGGAAAGAAGAGGCUUGUCAUAGACUACAAACCCUUAAACCAUUUCCUUCAAGACAACAAAUUUCCUCUCCCUCGAAUCUCAAAUCUCAAGGUCCACAUCCAAAAGGUCCAGUACUAUUCCAAAUUUGACCUAAAAGCGGGCUUUUGGCAACUCGGUAUCCAGCCCACAGAGAGAUACAAAACUGCAUUUUGUAUCCCUAAUGCCCAAUACCAGUGGACUGUUAUGCCUUUUGGGCUCAAGACGGCCCCAUCUCAAUUCCAGAAGACAAUGAUUGAGAUUUUUGGGCCUAUCCUUUACUCUUCUUUGAUCUACAUCGACGACAUCCUUCUAUUCUCAGAAACAGCAGAGGACCAUCACCAACUGUUACAACAGUUCCUUGCCAUCAUCCAAAAAUAUGGCAUUAUGCUAUCUGAAAAGAAGAGCUUUAUUGGCCAACGAGAAAUUGAAUUUCUCGGAAUGCAUUUCAAGAAUGGCCAGUACACAUAUGGUCCCCACCUGACAAAGGAACUUGAUAAUUUUCCGGAAGAGAAUUUAUCAGCAAAACAAAUUCAACAGGUUGUAUCAUUGAUGCUUGAAAAAUUGACGGUGCUGAGGAAGAUUCCUCAGUUCUUGUAA